AUGCAUCUUAAGGAGAUGAAAGGAGAAAGCAGCUUGCUUAUGAAGGAAGUUAUGAUCAAAGGGGAUACUUCACUUCAAAGCAAAUCAUCCCCCGCAACCAGCUCUUCAGGCCCUGGAAAGAAAUCUCGGCCAAGUGGCAAACUUAACCCCCAAACCAUCAAUCCAUUUGGAGUACAACCACGGGUUCCUUCAGCUUUUGCUGCUGUGCACUAUAAAGGAGGGGUUCCUUGCGGGUUGGCUCAUGGUUCGAUAAAUCACAAAUUACAGUGAGAUUGUCUUCUUGAAACCCUUCCGUUUGAUCCUCUUCUUAUUACUUUAGCUGAGGGUCUGAGGGAAACCAAACAUCUGUAUACAUUUGUGUCAAAGGAAGGUUUUAAAGAAUUGCUCUUGGUGGAAGGUGCUACUGAAAAGACUCUGCCCUUGCUGUCAAAGCGGAUUCCUGUGCUGAAGGCAGCUCUGGUCCAUUCAAAUGGUGAAGUGUUUGAAAGAGGGUUGAAUGAUUUGGUGUAGUUGAGUAGUGUUGUGGGUCCCUCUCUAAAUGAUCAUCUGAAACAUCUACGUACAAGUCUUUCCAAAUGACUCAAUGAAAAGAAGUUCAAAGAACCAAUCACCUGUGCUAUACAAAAGUUAGAGCAAUACGGAGGAAGGGGGAGCCUGGUGGUCAUCAAAUCUAAAAUUCCAACCUAUUGUUCCAUCUGUUACUAAAUAGAGAAACCACCCUUUUAACUGAGUUGGGGAAAAAUGUCAGAAGCUGAGUCUUAGGGAGUGUUGUAAUUUACCAAAUUAAGCCAGUGGAGUAAAUGCUUAUAGGAAGGAAAAACCUUCUAAACAAGCGUGCAAUUCUGUGAGUUGCAUCUGUUUCAAACAGAGCAGCUAUAGCAUCUGCAUCAGCAUCUUUGUCAUAAUGGAUCCUGGUUUGUUUGUUUUUGUAUUUGUUAAGCGCUUACUGUGUGCUGAGCACUGUUCUAAUCACUGGGGUAGA